UGUUGAUCUGUUGACUGCAUUGACGCGUGUCGAUCUAUUGAAGCGUCUCAAUCGAAAUUAAAUAAUUACAAUUUACUACCUAAACAAAUAACCAUGUCCGGCCACAAUGUAAACGUGUGCGAUAUAGGAGACGACGUAAAGGAAAAACUGAAGAAGUUCCGCUUCUCUAAACACAACGAAAAUUGUGCGCUAAUAUUGAAGGUAAACAGAGAAAAGCAGAUGCUGGAGGUAGACGAAGAACUGGAGAGUGUUGAGUUAGAAGAGCUGCAAGAUAUACUGCCGUCUCACCAGCCACGCUUCAUUGUAUACAGUUACAAGAUGGAGCACGAAGAUGGCCGCACAUCCUUCCCAAUGUGCUUCAUAUUCUACACUCCCCGGGACGCGCAUAUGGAACUCCAGGUGAUGUACGCAGGCACGCAGCGCGCCCUGGCGGCCGCCGUCGGCGCCCCGCGCCUCCUCGAAGUGAGAGAGAUAGACGAACUCACCGCCGACUGGCUUAAGGAGAAACUCUCUAGGUAGACUCACUUGCCAA